GCAAAGAAGGACCGCUUGCGACACGAGGAAGAAGGCCCAUGUGCCGGGCGCUGUCUUCAUAGGUUCCAGGGUUCCCCCACUUGCUGUCCGGCUUUCCGGACCGUCUCUUCCCCCAGGGACCGGGACCAGCGCCCUCAUGGCCGAGGUGAAGGUGAAAGUGCAGCCGCCCGACGCGGAUCCGGUCGAAAUCGAAAACAGGAUUAUAGAAUUAUGUCACCAGUUCCCUCAUGGAAUCACAGACCAAGUAAUUCAGAAUGAAAUGCCGCAUAUAGAAGCCCAGCAGCGGGCAGUGGCCAUCAAUAGACUGUUGUCCAUGGGUCAGCUGGAUCUCUUAAGGAGCAAUACAGGCCUUCUGUAUAGAAUAAAGGAGUCUCAGAAUGCUGGCCCUGUCUCAUUCUUUUUAAGUAAAAUGAAAGGAUCAGAUAACCAGGAAAAACUAGUAUAUCAAAUCAUAGAGGAUGCAGGAAAUAAAGGAAUAUGGAGCAGAGAUAUCCGAUACAAAAGCAACUUGCCAUUAACAGAAAUUAACAAAAUUCUAAAGAAUCUGGAAAGUAAAAAGCUAAUUAAAGCUGUUAAGUCUGUGGCAGCCUCAAAAAAGAAGGUGUACAUGCUCUAUAACCUGCAGCCAGACCGCUCUGUGACCGGUGGAGCCUGGUACAGUGACCAGGAUUUUGAAUCUGAAUUUGUAGAGGUGCUUAACCAACAGUGUUUUAAAUUCCUACAAACCAAGGCAGAAACAGCACGAGAAAGCAAACAGAAUCCAAUGAUACAAAGAAAUAGUUCAUUUGCUUCAUCACAUGAAGUGUGGAAGUAUAUCUGUGAAUUGGGGAUCAGUAAGGUAGAGUUGUCCAUGGAGGACAUUGAGACCAUCUUAAAUACACUCAUUUAUGAUGGGAAAGUGGAGAUGACUAUCAUCGCUGCAAAAGAAGGCACCGUAGGCAGUGUGGACGGACACAUGAAACUGUACAGGGCAGUCAAUCCGAUCAUCCCGCCCACGGGAUUGGUCCGGGCCCCCUGCGGACUCUGCCCGGUUUUUGACGACUGCCAUGAAGGUGGUGAGAUUUCACCAUCUAACUGUAUUUACAUGACAGAGUGGCUCGAAUUUUAAUAGAGAGCUAUGAACUUUACUGACAUUUUGCAAAUGAAGUUACUUUGGGAACAAAUAAUUUGAUUCAUGAUGGCACAUCAAAUUCCCUUGAAAGCAAACCUCAAGAUAAAAACUUGCUGCUACGAAAAAAAUUUUUUUAAUCUAUGAAGACUAAAUUUACAUUGGUAGAGUAGGCAACAGGACAUGAAACAGGUAAGGUUAGUAGUGAAAUCCAUUCUUCCGUAAGUAAAAUACUUUGAACUCCUGGAAGACCACCUUCUGAAGCUUUCAAGACUUUUGAUGAUUCACGGGAAAAGAAGCAAAUAUGUUCAUAUUCACCAAGUACUGUGAUAACGGCUAGAGCUUUAAAAUGCCUGUUUUAAAGUUACUUAUUAAGGUCUUCAUUGGGAAAUUUUUAUAUAUGACCCAGUGUCACCAUUUCUGUUUUCUCAGCAGUUUCAUUGAGAAGAAAUGAAAAAGAAGGCAGGAAUAGCAGGGGAGAACGCAAACUUGGGGCAUGAGGGGGGGACACAGUGGAACAUCCCUUUUCUACACACUGUUGAUGCCUUUUUAUGUCCACAAUAUUCUUUCAGAGGAUUAUGCCUCUGUACUUACCUCAAACCCAAAUGACGCUGUUGUCAAGGAUAUCUUUUUAGUGCAUAAAUAUUAAUUACUCUCAUCUUAAAUGGAAUAUUUUCACUGGUUCUUCUUUGUUAAAGUCUUACAAGUUUCA